CGCUGAGAAUGCAUGAUUUAUUCCGCUGCGCAGUUGGGGAGGUUGUGCUAUAAGUAAGCGUGAAACGCAUCAAAUACACGUAAAGUCUCACGUUCCCGUAUCCUGAGGUCGCCUUCCAUCGGAGAGCUUUCCGGACCUUCCCUCAUCACAACAUCAUGAUUUCAGCAUCGCCAUUAACAAAUAAAUUUUCUAGUGCUACAAGCAGUGUGGCUCUGGUCUUUCAUAAUAAUGCCGGUAUUAUUCUUAUGCUCUUGGCGCAGGUAUGCUCCACUAUCCUGGCGACAUUGGGACGCAUCCUGAGAACGGAGCGUAGCGGCGGCUCAGGCACCACAACAGUCGGUACUUCAGAGAUACUCAUUGCAAUGAUGUCGAUAAUCACCAUUCUGUCGUGGACCUACAUAUUACUGUCCCCGGCAGCUAUCCCUGGUGGCGCCUUUGGUCCUACAAAAUUGCGUCCUCUACUCGUAGUAAGAGGCGUCGCGGGUUUCUUCGGUAUCUGGGGCUUCUACGUCUCUCUACGCUAUCUCGCCCUAGCUGAGGCAACUCUAAUCAAUUUCCUCGCGCCGAUUCUCGCUGCCCUUCUCCUCGGCUUAUUACCAGGUCAGCAGCGCUGCUCUGUCGCUCAAGUUCUCGCAGCUCUCGUUGCGGCCAUCGGCUUACUCUGUAUAUUGCAGCCUUGGAGCGCUCAUGUAACGAAUACGCCUAGAGAACACGCGCUGGCCAUUGGUGCGGCACUUAUCGGUGUCCUCGGGGGCGCAGUCUCUUUCCUGACGAUGUCAUGCCUGGGAGAGCACGUACACCCAAUGACAACAGUUUCAUACUUCGCGCCCGUUUGUACGCUGCUCAGCGGCACAUCGCUCAUCAUACAGCAACAAGGCUUGAGUUUCCCAUCUACCGCCGUAGGAUGGCUGUUCGUAUGCGUGCUAGGCAUAUUGGGGUUCAGUAUGCAUUGGCUCAUGGCAGCGAGCUUGAUGACCGGCGAUUCGAAGAGAGCGCUUCAUAUAGUAUACCUGCAGGUGGUAUUUGCUAUGUUAGCGGAUAAGAUUGUAUGGAGACUGGAGCCGGGAUGGUGGAAGUACGCUGGUGCGGUAUUGAUUGUGGGAAGCGCCAUCUUUGUUGCAGCUAUAAAGGAGCCUCAAGGAUACACACUGGUUGGAGAAGUCGACGAAGAAGAAAAGAUUGAGACGGAAGAUUCCAAUCACUGAGGCGAGGAUAGCCAAAGUCAUCGACCUCUUCAUUGCUGAACAUGAAACGCGCUGAUAGCAGGGCGAAUUUGCGGAGGGUCAAGUCAUGAGGACUUCAAUCCCAACUGACCCGGCACAAAACUAUACGCCUGUCGUCCCUCAAACCAAGUCUUCAAAACCGUGGCUC